AUGAUGAAGUCUUUAUUUUUAUUAUUGGUUAUUGCUGUUUCACAGAUAAAUGCUGAUUGCCCAUCAGAUUGGAUCACAUGGGGUUCUCAUUGCUAUAAAUUUGUAUAUUAUCCACUUGAAACUCGAAACAAUGCCAGUAUUGAAUGUGGGUCAUUUGGAGCUGCGCUUGUGAGUGUUGACACAUUAGCUGAAAAUUCUUUUAUUAAAGGAAGACUUGGUUCCACAGACAUGCAAAGGGAAUCUUGGUAUACAAGUGGAGUGUUGUAUGAAAAAGGUUAUUACAAAUGGAUGGGUAAUGGUAUGAACUUUAGCUACCCUAGCAGUUUAUGGAUCCCUAAUGCUGAACAAACCACUAAAGGACAAUAUGUUGCUUAUGAGUUUAGAAAUAAUACUUAUGGUCUCAUCAGGAGUGUUGCUGAUAUUAAACGCUGUUUUAUUUGUGAAAUUGAUGAAAAAGAAAGUUUUCGAAUCUAUCAAAUGAAGAGAGAUUUUGAUUACGGCAAACCUCUAAGGGAUUUGAACAAUAUAAAGCGGGGACCUAAAAUUAUCCAAGAACCACAAAACGCUAUUGUCAUUGGGUCACCUCUCAUCUCUUACAUGCAGUGCACAGCAUUUGGUAAUCCACAACCAACUUAUGAAUGGCGAAAAAACAAUGUUGUCAUAAGCUCUUCACAAAGUUCCAGGUAUACACUGACCAAUGGCAGGUUAACAAUUUCCAGACCAGAAGAGAGUGAAGAUGCAGGUUAUUAUACCUGCUUUGCCAAAAAUGAAUUUGGAACUAUCAGGAGUGAAAAUGUUCUCUUCUCAUUUGGAGAACUUGGGAAAUUCAACAAUAUAAAACCAGAAGGUAUACGAGCCAAAUUAUACGAGGGGACAAAUCUCAAAUGUCAACCCCCAUCCUAUAAACCCGCAAUUCAAUUCCAAUGGUACAAGAAUACUCCAAAUAAUUUUAUCCGGACUAAUCUCCUGAAUUAUAUCUUCAUCUCCAAGAAUGGAAGACUGUAUUUUUCUGAAGUCAGUAACAGUGAUGCAGGGGACUACUACUGUGUAAUUUCAUUGGUCAGUGAUGAAAACAGUCAAGUGUUUAGCUCUGCUCAAAUGCCUAGCCGUACAAGCCUGGGACUUACACUUGCCGUUGAGACAGGAGGUGUUGGAAAUAUUGCUCCAAAUAUCCAAAAUGAAUUUCCUGCAGUCUUUCCUGGACAACCUUUGGAAGGACAGACAAUCAGUAUUGAAUGUUUUGCAUAUGGAACGGCUCAACUUAACUACAUAUGGACUCGAAAAGAUAAGCCUAUGCCGUACACUGCAACUUUUGUAGAUUUCAAUAGGGUUCUUCAAAUAAAAAAUGUACAAUUAGCAGACAGUGGUGUAUAUACAUGUCAUGUUAGCAGUUCAAGUAAGGGGCUUGAUUCAAAGGACUUCAGCCUUAGCAUUCAAGCCAAGCCUAAAUUCCACUCUGGUCUCCGUGACCAACUGGUUGAUAUUGGAACCCAACUAACCUGGAGAUGUGAUGCUUCAGGCAAACCAUCACCCACAUAUUAUUGGUACAAAAAUUCUGUAUUAUUAAAGAACAGACCUGGCAAAUAUAUUGUUAACAACAAUGUUCUGAUCAUUCUAAAUAUACAACCUUCGGACAAUGGAAUGUACCAGUGCCAAGCUACAAAUGAAUUUGGUACAGCUUUUUCAACUGGACAAUUAAAAUCGCUCACACUGAAACCAAACUUUCAUAAGUAUCCCCUUCUACCAAGAAUAUUGGCCUCUGUAAACGGGAAUGGAACAAUUGCAUGCCGACCAGAGGCAGUGCCAACACCAACGAUCACUUUCUACAAAAACAAUCAGCCUUUAUCGGUGUCUUCUGUUUCUGGACAUUUUAUUUUAAGUCCUUCUGGAGAACUGACCAUCACAAACGUGCAAAAAUCUGAUGAAGGCAUCUAUAAAUGUGAAGCCACCAAUGAUCUUGGAACAGCUUCAAGUACAACCAAUUUGACGGUCGUAACUGGAACGACUAUUACCAUUCCACCAAUGCCAACGACUGUCAUUUACAAUGAAACCGCAGUUAUGAAAUGUUUGGCAUCUUACAAUGCAAAAUUAGAUAUUUUUUAUAGUUGGUCCUUUAAUGGUUAUAAAAUUGAUUUCCGAUACAACCCUUUCUAUGUCCGAGGAACAGGUAUAAAUCGUGGUGAUCUCUAUAUUAGAAAUGCUAUGUACAGACAUGAAGGUAUUUAUAGAUGCACUGUUAAGACAAUUGUUAAUAGUGUUUGGAGUGAGGCCUUCCUUACUGUCAAAGGUCCCCCAGGAGAACCUCAAGGUUUAAAAGUAUCCAACUUUGUUCCAAAUAAUGACCCACGAAUUAGCCUUGAUUCUCGGUCAGUCUUGUUGACUUGGAUGAGCGAGGUAGACCAUGGCAGUCCUGUGACUUAUUACUCUGUUGAGUUCAAAACUUCAUUUAAUAACCAGUGGACCCUUGCUUCAGCCCUGAUGGGUUUCAAUUCAGAAAUCCCAGUCGACAAAGUAUUUAUUUUCAACAAUGCUAUGAAAGCCACAGUGAUCCAUAAUUUGUCUCCAGCUUCUGUCUACAAAUUUCGUAUAAAAGCAAUCAACAGAUAUGGUGUUGGGAGGAACAGUUUCGCUACUGAUUGGAUCAAAAUGCCACCUGAUGUUCCAACCAAAGCUCCAGAUGAAGUUGGUGGGGGAGGUGGCAAGUGA